AAUAUAUUUGUGCAAUUGUAUCAUGUGUAGAUCAUGUUUAUAGGAGAGUGAAGAGUAGAUCAUCUGUUUAGAUUAUGGGAAAGAAUGUUCCCGAUAGUUAAUCGAUCAUAUUCCAUGAACUGGAGCCAGGGCAGAGAAAGCAGGAUCGUCUCGAGUCAGUUGUUAGAACUUUCUUUGAACAAGGAAUCUGCAUAGAGCUUCCUGUAAGUUACACUAAUUUUUCUCAAAGUAAUAUUGAUGCCCACCAUACAUUUUUAUCAAGGAAUAUAAUGGCUUUAUCAACCAACUUUCCCCUCCUCCCAAUAAAAAAAAUAAAGAAAAAAAAAAAUAUCUAGCCUAGUUGUCCAAGAUGCUUGAAUUGUUUUUCAAGGUAAGAUGAACAUUAUUAUUUUUAUACCUUUCCAUAUUGUCAUUACCAGUCCUCCUAACUAGUACCAGUAUAUGUAUGCAUCAAACUCAUACUCAAUUCUUAAUCGAUUCGAUACUACAAUCACGUAUUAAAAGGUGCAGAACGAAGAACAUACAUCGAUCAAUAUGAUUCGGAGAAAUGUUGUUUUGCUGCCUAUGGCUGUCCUCCUCCUGGGAGUUUUUGCUGUAACUUUCAGUUUUAUUGCUUAUGCCACGAGGAUUAAGGAUAAAGAUGUUACCAAAUCAAAAGGGGUAUGUAGAUAUCCAAGUAGUCCAGCAGAUGCUCUUGGUAUAAUAGCAGCACUAUUUAUACUAGCUCAGCAAAUUGUAUUACGUCUUGCAAUUAAAUGCUUCUGCUGCUGUGGACAACGCUUUUCUAAACGUUGCUCUUAUAUAACCUCACUGUUCUUCUAUAUUUGUUCUUGGUUAACCUUUGUGAUUGCGUUCGUUGGAUUAAUAUACACAGCAAUGCUCAACAACAGCCAUUAUUUGGCAAAGACCUAUCCUGGAAUAAAUGGCGACGACUGUAACGUGGGCAAUGAGAAAUAUUACAUUGGUGAUGCACUUUGGUGCAUAAUUAGCACUGUUUUAGGUCUAACCUCUUAUGCUUUCUGGGUGAAAGGUACUGCAAAAACAAGCGAUAAUUCCCAAGGAAGUUCUUAAUAAUCAUUCGACGAUACAUAAUUCACAAGAAACUGCUAAUAAUCAUGAUCGAGCAAGGUACUGCAAUGGGAGAUCCUUGAAUGCAGCAAACAAAAGAACAAAAGGUAAUGAUGUGAAGCUGGAUUUGAUGUAGUAUAUACCAAAAUCAACCCGAUGUCAAAAGGUGCAAUUAGAUGUGCGUUUGUGUUCAUGGUAAUCUUCAUUUGGUUAACUAGUACUUUGCACUGUCUUGUAACGAGCUUAAAGAUUGCUUCAUUUUUUGUACUUGUAUCAUGUAGUUGAUCAAUUGAAAUAAUUUCCUAUC